AUGAUCUGUUUCUAUUGUGAAAUAUCUUCCUUCUCCAGACCAAUAACGAUGAAACAACUUUUGUGGCCGUUUCUUUUCUUCGGCGUUUCGCUUGACGCUGGCAAGAUUCUCGUCUACAGUCCAUCAUACAGCUACAGUCAUCUGAUCUCAAAUGGAAGAAUAGCGGACACCCUUGUAAGUGCUGGGCAUGAUGUGGUGAUAUUAAGUGAAGCAAAAAUAUUUUAUUACCUAAAAUCUUUUGGAAGCUUUGUGAGAGGUUGCUCACUCAUUCCUCACAACAGCAAGCUGACCUGUAACUCCGCUGAGCUAACACAACGCAAAAGUUCGGGGUUGUAG